CACAAAAGGUGCGAAUGGCCGAACUGCGAAAACCCGAAAACCUCAUCCUAUUCCCAGGGUAUAGCAAGCGCCAAUCUCACCUUCCCUGGCGCCUCAUCAUAUUGUCUGACCAGGCAGCCUCCGGGGAGUACUCUCGCAGGCUGAUUUGAUUGGGCUUCGGCUGCGAUUUGUCUCCAUGUCUCCUCCCCAUCCACAAGCCAUGCCAGUGGCCACUCCGUCGGCGGCGGUGCCAGCUAUGAGGGAGAAGCCUCGCUGGUCAUGUACCAUCUGCCGGAAACGGAAGGUCAAAUGUGAUGGUGUCGAGCCUACAUGCUCCAACUGCCGAAAGCGCGAGGACUCGUGUUCGUACCCACAAAGCAGAAAACGAGCUCAUAGUAGCAGAGUGUCGUACCGCGAUAUGUCCCACAGACUAGACGAAAUCCAGCGCAAAUUAUCUCUACAUCAAGCGAAACGCGCUGUUGUUGACCAGCCCUGUCAGCAAACCAUGACGAAUCAAACCGUCCUUGAUGAAGGGUCAAUCUUGCAGAGCAUUGCAGAGGUUACUACACCAAACCCGCCAAUCUUGGAGCGAGACGGCGGUGGCGAGGGCGAAAAUGACGUUGUUACUCACCCCGUUUCACCACUCCCUCCUCUUUCAACCCAACUUAGCUUCCCACUGGAAGGCUCCUGCUCCAUACUUUCCCAGCAAAGUGCACUAUGGGUCGAUACGAUAGUGGGAGACAAUAGCUUCAGCCAGGUGUUGCAGCAUGUGGAAGGUUCACAAAACCUCCCCACACUACAUUUCGAUGCUAGCCAUAUGGAUCCCCUUCCACCGCAAAAUGUGAUCAACGAUUGUCUAGCAGACUUUUUGCGUCCUUUAAACCAGAAUAUCUGCCUCUUUCCGGAAGAACACCUGAUUGCUUUGGCUCAAAAUGGCCCAAUCGCUACGGCGUGCCCUGUUGCAAGCCGGUAUGCUGCUUUGAGCAUCGUUUGCGCAGUUUCCCUUCGCACUAUGAGUGGGAUGCGAAAUGAGCAAUCCGAGAAACUUUUGCAAAACACCCUUAAAACGCUUCCAUACAUCAUCACAGACACGCCAGAUAUCAUCACAAUCGGUGUAUGCUUGUCAACGACUUUCUACCUUAUGCUCACAUCGAGAAACAAUCACGCCGCCACUAUUCUUGGGGCUGCCGCACAAAUGAUCAUGAUAGCAGGGUACAGCAAGCCAGCUGGCUCAAAGAUCAACCAGAAAUCGGAUACGUUUCACAAACAGCGACUCUUCUGGCAAGCUUACAUCGUUGAUAGGGAUCUCUCCAUGCGCUUGGGAAAACCGCCCUGCAUAUCAGACGACCUCCGUCCUCCGCUGCCUGAGGAACAACCAGAUGAUGGCUACAGUUCACAUACAUUUGCUGAUGGCUCAACCAUGAAUUUUCUGCGCGAACAAGUGUUACUGGCUGAAAUACAGAACAAAUGCUAUCGCAUGCUUCGAUCUGGAUUCACGUCUAAUCACUCCAAAGAACUGCUGUAUGCCGGCGUCAACAAACUCGAUGAAGAGCUUCAAGGCUGGAGAAACCGGAUACCCGAAAUUAUCAACCCACAUAAGCCGCUUCCAAAUGUUGAAUACGGACUCCUAAUGGCUCUCACGACUCUCCAUUGCACCUAUUUCCAACUAAUGAUCGCUGUGCACAGCGUAACAUUUGAUCAUCCGUUGAGCAAUUAUAGUCCAAGUUGCGGUGCAAGCACCAGCCAGGUCAAAUGCAUCAACGCAGCACGGGCAUCGCUUUCAUUGCUGGGUUACCACGACGUUCGUCAUCCAUUUACGAUAUAUCUACUUGACCAUUUGGCAUGGAGUGUCGACGUCAUUUUCCUCAAUAUCCUACAAAACAAAGAGUCACCAGGGGUGCUGAGAGAUCUUCAUAUGCUCAAAAGAAUUCUUACCCUCUUCGAGAAGUAUGACUCUGACAGAGACAAAGCAAGAGGAUACCUCAUAGUGCGCGCUCUGCAUGGUGUUGCGUCAAGGGCAAUCCACAGGGCCAUUCUCGCCGGUCGGUUCCAGGGUGAGUGGAUGAACCUUGGCACGACCCAGUCCACAGUGUUGAAUGAUAGCGCCCCAAUACUAUCUAAUGAUAGCUCGGAAGCUCGAGAGAUACAGACCGAGUUUAAAAGGAUACAAUUGCUGAGAGUGAGUCGAAAUGAAAGCUCGUCGUUGACACUGAGCGGAAAGACGCUGAGUUCGAAUGACUGGUUCACCACCGGGAUCAAUUCAGUUAUGUAUUCGAACGAUUUCAAUAGCUUUUAAUAUGGCUUUUUGUUUGAGAUGGUAGGAGUCAUGAUUGACAAGUACGGCAUGGUGGCGGUGGAUGAACAAUAUCAGAUUGUUGAUAGGAGAUGAGGCAGUGUUACGAGCUUGAAUGUGAAGCAACAGGGACGACUGUUCUGUGUCAAGAGGACAAUGAUGCAGGAAUAUAUAUUACCUUCAGGUUUUAUGCAGAA